AUGGAGUAUUCUCUUGACCAAUACUUCAAGGAAACUGCACCAAAGGACUAUCAGUUUCUUGGUUAUUACCAAUAUCGUAAAAGCCAAAAAGAUUUUACAAAUAAUUUUUGUUUAGAGGCACGAAGACUCAAUAAAUGCUUGGAAUAUCUGGUGGAAUGUGGAUCGACUCUAGAGAAACAAACGGCUCAACGUUUGCACAAUGAUCAUCGAAGCAAGAAUAUAGAUAUCAAUAAAUUCUGGAACGAAAUCAAAUGUGAAUCUUUAGACAUAGAAUAUGGCAAAGCAAAAAAGUGUGAUAGCCCAUAUUAUGACACAGGGACUGAAGAAGGUGUUGGAACAAUUAUGAGGAACGUUAAUAUGAAGCUGAGAACAAGGAUUGAUUAUAAUGAAGAUGAUUAUAAUGAAGAUAGGAUAUCAAAGAGGCAAGAGCAAGACAGGCACACUACUCCUUUACCAAGAAGUCCAAUAUUAAGACAUUCAUCUAAUGAAGAUAAUCCAUGGAAUAUGAGGAGGAUGAGGAUAUCAUAA